GCCGCGUCGCUAAUAACACGUAGAAUAAAACCAGUACACGGAAGUCGUUCCCGGAUCUCACAUGCUGGGGAUUUUUGUUUGUUUUCUGCCCCUUGCGCGGACUUCCGCGAGGUAGUUUACUUUUCCCUUCGGUCGAUAGCUGAGACUCGGGCGGGCGGAACGAUGGAGCGGUUUUUGCGGAAGCCCCGGUAGGAGACGGCGGAGUUCCGAGUGGAUAUUCAGCCCCGGGGUCGAUGUGACGCCAGCCCGGGACUGCUGUUGUGACAGCUGGGUUGAGCCUCCCGAGCACCUGGUGUCCGUGUGCCCGACGGACAGAGACACGGAGACACGGAGACGCAGAGAGCUGCAGGAAGGUGGUGCUUAUAGAGACAAAUCAUAGUAGCUUCAAAAAAAGCUCCAUCGGACCGUAAAGGAAGAGCCUCACACCGACCACGGGUCAUGGCCUCUGCCCGGCUCAAGUACCUCUCUCUGGGCGUGCUGGUGUUCCAGACCACGUCCCUGGUGCUCACCAUGCGGUACUCCCGCACCCUGCAGGCCGAGGGCCCGCGGUACCUGGCCUCCUCGGCUGUGGUGGUGGCCGAGAUGAUGAAGAUCCUCGCCUGCGUGCUGCUGGUCUUCAAGGAGCACAGUGAGUGCGCGCUGAUGCAAGUUGUCCCGAUAGCGAUCGUCAUCAUUUUGCGGUUUAACCUGACCCAGAAACAUUACAGCAUGCGAGCUCUGAACGCCAUUCUGCGGCAGGAGAUCGCCCACAAGCCGAUAGAGACGCUGAAGCUGGCCAUCCCCUCUGGGAUCUACACCCUGCAGAACAACCUGCUGUACGUCGCCCUGUCCAACCUGGACGCGGCCACCUACCAGGUGACGUACCAGCUGAAGAUCCUGACCACGGCCCUGUUCUCUGUGUCCAUGCUGGGCCGCCGGCUGGGCGUCUACCAGUGGCUCUCGCUGCUGGUUCUCAUGGCGGGAGUGGCCCUCGUGCAGUGGCCCUCGGAGUCCGCGGCGGCGGCGGCGGCGCCUCCCCCCGAGAAGGACGCCCCCCCCUCGGGCUCCCAGCUGGUGGGCGUGGCGGCGGUUCUGGUGGCGUGCUGCUCCAGCGGCUUCGCCGGCGUCUACUUCGAGAAGAUCCUGAAGGAGAGCAAGCAGAGCGUCUGGAUCCGCAACAUUCAGCUCGGGCUUUUCGGCCUGGUGUUCGGCCUCUUUGGGAUGCUGGCCUACGACGGAGACAGGGUGAGGGAAUCGGGGAUGUUCCAGGGUUACAACGCGGUCACCUGGGCCGUGGUGGCGCUGCAGGCGCUGGGGGGUCUGGUCAUAGCGGCGGUCAUCAAGUACGCAGACAACAUCCUCAAGGGCUUCGCCACGUCGCUGUCCAUCAUCCUGUCCACGCUCAUAUCCUACUUCCUGCUGCAGGACUUCGACCCCACCGGCGUGUUCUUCGCUGGGGCCAUUCUGGUCAUCGCGGCCACUUUCCUCUACGGCUACGAAGGCCGGGCGGCCCCCAACCCCAGCAGGGCGUAGGACACUCGGUGGGGGGCGGGGGGGCGCCUGACAGCGACGGGCCUCACACGCCACGCGGGGCCUCAGCGGAGGGACGAGCCACUAGGAGAGAGAGAGAGAGAGAGAAACGCGGCGAUGCCGUAGAUCCGGAGAGAGAUUUUUGGCUGCUGGUCUUCGGUCACAUUCCCUCAACGACUGGAGCCCGAAGAGGCAGAUGUUUGUGGAGCGGGUGGUGCGACUCUCAUCCACCUCCCUGAGGUGCAGCGCUUAAGACACUUGACACUCUUGUUUUUGUCCCACUUUGAGGUCUGAAAAAACACACCCCUUUUUUUAGGCCAUUUUUUCCCUUAAAAACUCUCCUCUCGCCGUAGUUUCCUCUCAGGGUCACGCAGGGGCACAAUUAGACCUCCAUUCACAACGCAUUCAGUGGGGGAAAAUGACCUGCAUUUGCACACGUGUGGCCGUGCCCUGAAGCCACUUCCGACGGCACAAGCUACAACCGCGCCGGGGGCCCGACUGGGCCUUCUCCCGCAGGCUCACGAUGCGAAAAAGAGAAAAUUCACUUCUCCUUCUACACCGGCCGCAUCGUUCACCGUGACUGGUGUCGUUUCCUGAGUGUCGGCUUCCGUGUUACAUUUCACCCAGGUAUUUUUGAAUAACGGCUCUGGUUGCCAGGCAACAAGUAGGCUUUGGGAUGGCUCUGAUUCCGCCCGGUGACAGGACCACGGUGCGGGCGUCUCUGGUGGAGCGGAUGCUUUACCGUCAUCUGUGACUACGGAUCAAAGGAAAUAACUCUAAUUGGAUCGAUCAUCGGGUGAAACAGGGGUUACUCUUUGGAUAUAUAUUUGAUUUCUGAAGCCAUUGUGAUUAUGUGGUGAAGAUUGUUUUGUAUUAUUUGAAAUUGUGUUAACCUGGGGCGUAAAUAAUCACCACCAUUGAAGUUAUUAUCUUAAAUCUAAAUGAGUUGGCUUUUUAAUUUAUUAAUUAGGAUUUCACGUGACUUUUCAAAGCCACUGUUUAUAAACAUCCAGCUCUUUAUUGUCAUGUCAUAACAUUUACUGGUGAUUUACAUCUUGUACGUUCUGUUUUUCUGGUUUGAUUUUAUUUUAUUUUUUAUUGGGAUAACGCGGGUAUAAUAACGAUUAUUUGAUCAACAAUAUCUGAGUGUUACAUAAAAGACAAAUGUUUCUGG